UCUGAUGGUAGUUAUUUUUCUGUAUUUUGACAAUUUACACGUAGUAUUUUGUUGGUAUGCUAAGUGGAAAAACAGUGAAAAUCUGCUAAAAUUUUGUUGAAUUUUUACUCUAAUAGCGUAGAUAUAUAACGAAAAAAUAUGUUUGCAAAUUUGAAAAAUAAACUAAUAGAGGAAGUGAAGGCGUCACCAUCCAAAUUUCAGCAAUUUGCGGCUGCUGUCUCUUCGUCGGCAAGCACAACCCCUAGUGGCUCAGAUUCUACUACAACAACGACAACUAACGAGAAUUUCUUUAGCAUUACAGAGGAAGAUACACCGCAAAAUUCGCCAUAUAAACCAUUAAAAUUACCACCUGGUGCAUUAGGCGGUAGAAUACAUCAUAAUGGACCUGGUGCCAUACCUCGUACGAGAAAACUCUCGAAUUCUUCCAUGGCCAGUGAUGUGUCUUUCCGCCUACCCUCUUACGAAUCGCCUCCUGCCUAUCAUCUACAAUCAGACUUGGAGUCUAAUUGCAGUGAGUUGGAAGAUACAGCUUCUACGGCAAAAUUGGAUGUCAUAACAAAGGAACAGUUGUAUGAUGCUUACAAAAAAUCAUUGGAUCGAUAUCAUAAAUAUCGCAGCCGAUAUACGGAUUUAGCAAAUAGAUACAAGGAUUUGGAACGUGAUAGCACAAAAGCAAGGUCUGUGCUUGUGGAAACCCAAGAGAAAGCUAUACGUCGUAUAAGUGAAUUGCGAGAACAAUGUUCCCUUGAACAGAAAGCAAAAGCGCACCUCGAAGAAGCAUUACGUAUGGAAAUGGAUGAUAUGCAAUGCAAAAUGCAAGCCUAUGAAACAAAAUUAAAAUUACUUGGUGAAAACCCUGACAAUGUGACCGCUAUUCUUUCAGAAAAUUUCUCGAAUGAAGCCAUCGGCGGAGAAUCACUGAUAGACUUGGAUGACAGUAGUCACAGUCUAGGAGGAUCAAUUGACAAAAAAUCUCUAUACGAUACUGGAAGUUCUAAUAAGGAUGCACCGCUAUUAGCUCAAUUGAAAGCGGAGUUAGAAGAGCGAGAGCACAAAAUCGAAGAACUUUUGGUAAAAAUGUCUGCUGCAGAAGAUACCAUAACACAGUUACGUAAACAGGAAGAGGAGAACGCAUUAUUAUUGGCUCAAACAAAACAAGCUAUACACUCAGAACUAGAAACUAAAGAGAGUGAAGUUAAAAAUCUUGCAGAAACAAUCACCACAAUGCAGAAGGAGUUGCAAGAUGCGGCAAAGAAAGAGAAACAACUAAAUGGACAGGUGAGUGAGCUUAAUGAAUUACGUGAGAAAGUGAAAAGUUUACAUGAGGCGAAACAAGAAAGCGAUGCCAAACUUAUAGCUUCGGAACACAUGCUUAGUCAUUUGAAAGAGCAACAAGGUGCUAAGGAAAAUGAAUCAAAAGCGCUUGAAGAGAAGCUGGCGAAAGCCGUUAAAGAAAGCGAACAGAAACUCAACGAUCUGCGACAGCAGAACCACCAGCUAAAUGAAAUGGUGCAGCGCUAUCAGCAAAACGAAGUAUCUUUAGCCGAGAUUGAUAACGAAUUGAACAGAACGAAAAAUGAGAACGACAUUCUUAAAGUAUCAUCUGCCGAAAAUGAACGAAAACUACAAAAUCUGGAAUCAAAGGUGAUGGCACAAAAGGAACAGCUAGAAUGCCUUCAACAAGAGAGGCAAGUCGAAGACAAGCAAUUGAAGGAUAUGCUGACUAGGGAAGAAGAAUUAAGUAAGAUCCUUAAAGAAACUCAAGAUGACAAUGAAGUUCAACGACAGUUGGUAAAACAAUUAGAGUCGGAAUUGAAAAUAACGAAUGAACGAAAUCAGCAUACUGAAAGUGAAACGAUUGCUGCGCUAAAGAAUGAAUUACACAAGUUAAACGAUGAGAUGAUUGAGAAAGUAAAAGACCUAAAAGAACAAAUAGCCGGUAAGGAAAAAGAAUUGAAGACCAAUACAAAUAAGCUGGCAAAACAGAAGAAACAAUUUGAAACCCAACAGAACCGUAUGCGCGAGCAAAGUGUUGAAAUCGACGUGCUCCGCACUGAGUUAAAUAAACAUGAACAACAUCUUAGUAAUCUGCAAACUGAGUUGCAAGAACGGGAGAAGCAAGCUGAGGAGGAAAAGGGGAAAUUGAGGGCACAGGUUAAAAGUAUACUUCAAGAUAUAGGACAAAUUCAGGAAGAAAUGCGCACUGUGAAAGAAUCUCAUGACGAGUUGGAAGAAGAGAAGUUAAAGCUAGAACAAUUAAUUAAAAAUAUGCAGCAAGAGACACAAGAAACCAUCGAUGGCAGCCAACGUUGGCGUGAUCAGUUGAUCGCUGCCGAAGACAAACUUCGCCAAGUGGAGUCAAAGCUGCAGAAUGUUGAAUCCGAAAAUUCUCAAUUAGCGGAGAAAAAUUGCUUACUUGAAGAGCAAAACAACCGUUUCGAAAAACAAUUAGCAGAGCUGGAGCGUCAGAAAAUUAAGGAAGAGGAUAUAGCAAAUGAGUUGAGAUUGAAAUUAGAUACCGCCGAAGUGACCGUGCAGAAAUUAAACGAGAAAAUGUCUCAAGUAUUGGACGAAAACUCACGAAUGCACAAUACAAAAGAGUUGAUGGACCAUGAUUACCGCACUUUGCAGGAUAAAUGUGAUGUUCUAGAAAAAGGAAAGAUGAUAAUGGAGGAUGUCCAAACGUGUUUGCAGCAAGAGCUCGAACAGUUGAAAGAACGUAAGUUGGUUAUGGAAACUAGAUUGCGCGAAACUGUUGAACAACUGCAGCAAGCAGAAGAAAAAUGUGCAGAGCAAAAGAAGUACGCUGAUGCAUAUGAAGAAGAACUGAAAGAGAUGGCAAAAGUUCUUGAACGUUUUGAAAAAGAAAAUCAGACAUUGAUUGCAGAAUUGAAUGAUCUCAGAGCAGCACAAUCAGAUGAUGAGAAGUUGCAUUGUUUGAUGAGGGAUCAAAAAAGACGGAUAGAAGAAUUGGAACAUGAUUCAAUAGAGAAGGAUGAAAAUUCUAGAGUGAACUUGGAAGCUGCAACCAAAGAAAAUACACUGCUGAAAGAAAAAUUGAAUAGAUUAGAAACAACUUGCGAAGAAUUGGAGCGGUUAAAAGAAGAAUGUCAACUUCAGAAAGCGCAAAAUGCCGAACUAAACCAAGAAAUAAGUAUUUUAAAUACUGAACUCGCCAAGACCCGCGAAUCUUGCCAGGAACUCGUUACCCUAUCGGUACAAUUGAAAGCUUUGAUGGACGAAAAAGAAGAUACUGAAAAAGAACUGAAUAGAUUGGUUUUGGAAAUAAAUAAAUUGAAAGAAGAUAUAAGCGUGCAGGCCGAGGAAUUGCAAAUUAAAGCAAAAGAAGUGGAAACAUUAAAGGAACAACUGGAGAAUUCGGUGGCCAUAAGUGAAAAGCUUGCUAACACUGAAACAGAACUUUCUAAUUGCAAAGAAAUGGAGAAGAAAAUACUCGCUGAAGCCGCAAUUAGUGCAGAAUUAGCUAACAAAAAAAUUCAAGAUCUUGAGAAUCAACUGAGUACUACGAACAAUGACAUCGAGCGACUGCAUGAGAGUAAUGAUGCUAUACAAGUGGAAAUGGAUAAGUUGCAGAGCAAAAGCGAAAUGCAACUUCAAAGUAUGGAGCUAACAUUAAGGCAAUUGAGGGAUGAAAAUGAGAAAUUUCAACAACAGAUUGCUCAACAAAAGGUCGACGGAGAAAAGCUGGCUAAUUUCGAACAAUUACAGCUUGAAAAUGAGUACUUGAAUAAACAUGUUAAGCAACUGGAAACUGAGCUUGAGGCGCAGCGCAUGGAGACAUCAACUAAACUGCGGGAGGGAGAGGAUUUGCGUGAGAAAUUGAAAUCUCUGCAAUGUGAGCUUUAUGUUCUCCGCGAGAAUGCAGAAAAGCAUGAUAAAGCGAUGGCUGAAAAGCAAGACGUCAUUGACAAUGUCAACAGUGAAUGCAAAGAGAUUCGUGAAGCUCUAGCGAAUGAACGCUCAGAGUUAGAACGACAAUUGGUGCAUGCCAAAUACAUUACUGAGCAAAAUGAUGUGAUACAAAGUGACCUACUGAGUAAGCAACAUCAGUUGACAGAAGUGGAACAACAAUUGCGAGACGCAAAGCUUGAGAUUGUAGAGCUGAAAUCGGUACACGCUACAGAUGCUGACACCAAAUCGAAGGAAGUAGAUGAUUUGCGUGCGAAAUUGCAACAAGCCGCUCAUGAACUCAGUACAAAGUUACAACUUCAACAAGAGCUUGAUGCCCUGCGCAUUGAACUAGCUGAAUAUAACAAUUCAAAAGAAGUUUCAACGCCUCAAAAUUUGGAAAACGGACAAAAAGCAGGGACUAUUAAUGAUGCCGAGCGUUUGCGGCGAAUCAAUGAAGCCUUACAACGUGAACUAGAAGAACUUAAAUAUAAAUCUACAGCCGAAAUCGCCGAGUUACAGCAAGAAAUUGAAGAUAUGCAAAAUAAUACGAAACAUAUGACUGAAGAAUUGGUGGAGGCUCAAAAAUUGCGGUCGCAGGAAGUAUUAGCUACAGAAAAUACUAAUAAGGCAUCAGCGCAGCAGUCAACAGAAGAAUUGUCGGGGUCUAGGCAAGAGGAGCUGCUGCAGAGAGAAAAAGACGAAUUGACUGCAAAAUUGAAUGUAAUAAUGAAUGAAGUACGUGAUGUUUCUGAGCGCAAUAUUUUCCUUGAACAACAAUGUGAAAAUUAUCUGAUACUGGAGCAAUCCAACGAGCGUCUUAAGCUGCAGAAUGCCAAACUUUCACGUCAGUUAGACGAAACCUUGGUGUCAAUGCAACACAACGAGGGCAUAACAGCGAAUACGGAAUUUGAGUACUUAAAGAAUAUAAUGUUCCAGUAUUUAACGGGGUCGGCUAAUGGCAAUAAUGAAACCCUUGUCAAAGUGAUAUCAGCGGUUUUGAAAUUCUCACCACAACAAACGCAAGUGGCGCUUGAAAAGGAACACCAGCGACGGUCACUGUUAAAUAAAAUUCUAUAGCAAGAAUUCGAACAGGCCUACGCAACUAGAUGGUGGUAGCAUUGGUUUGCAAAACCAGCAAAUAAAACCCAUUGAACUAUUUAUAUAUUGUACACACAACCGACUACUAUUAACCAACACUAAUUGCGUACACACCAAAAGCUGUAUACAAAUGAGACCGACAAAUGGCAGCGCUUUGCUUAUGACCCGUGAUUGGGCAUUAGAUAUAAAUAUAGAUUUACUAAAAUUAACGUUUUUUAAUUUAAUAGUUAAUUUUUUUUUUGUGCUUUGUUUCAAAUUUAGCACUAACAUAACGCAUUUUGAACGUAAAAAAUAUGGAAGCUUGUAUUCAGCAGAAUAAUUUGUAAAAGUACCUAUAAUGACAAAGAACGUCUAAUUUCAAUCAGGCAGAUUACAGUUUAAGUAAUUAUAAAUUGUAAAAAAAAAACGAUAUAUAUAUAUUUAUGAAUUGUAUUCUCAUUAAAUAUCGUUUGUAAUCAUAUAGAUAUAUCAUAGAGUUAUUAAUUUUGCUAAGGAUUUACGUUUAUGUAUAUUGUAUACGAAAUAUUAAAGUGUAUUAUUGUUAAUUUGUUUGCUUGCGUUUGAGUUUGUAUUUAAAAUAUUGUAACCGUUAUAAAUUGUGCAAUCAUGUAAUGCAUUUGUAUGUGCUACUUUUUGGCCACAUGCAACACAAAAAAUUGAAAAUGUAAUAUAAGGAAAAAUAUAUCAAAUAUUCUUGUAAUGUAAGUUUUACAAAUAAUAUACGAAUGUUUUUAGUUUCAAGUAAAUAAAUAUAUAUAGACUUUAAACCGAUAGAGAGGUUUUUAUAAUGAGCAAAAAUUAAA